UGCCCAUAAGCCCACGCAAAGAAAAAAAAAGAGUUCCAUCGAUCACCGCCGUCUUUCUUCUCCCUCUCGUCCCACGGCCAGCAAUGGGGCUGACUGGAUGACUGCAAACCGUCAGCUGAUGAGUUAAUUACAUUUCUACCGCUACCAGCGGCUCACAGUCACAGCUGUACCAUGGAUGUGGUAUUUUUUACUUUUAUAGCCGUACUUGUGGCUGCGAGCGGCUGUUAUUCCAGUAGUGUCCCUUCAUUCAUCCUUCAGUUUACCGAUUGCGUCCGCAGCCGUGGGAAAGAUGGGUUUUACCGAGGAGCUAUAGACGUCACCGAGUCCGGCACCCGGUGCAUGAACUGGACCGAAGUGGCCGGGUUCAAGGAGCGCUAUCCCGGUAAAGGGAUAGGAGACCACAACCACUGCCGCAACCCUGACGGUAGGAUAAGACCAUGGUGCUUUUUCAGGAAUCACAAAGGCAGAGUAGACUGGGGAUACUGCGACUGUAAACAAGGCUCGGUGCGUCUGCAAGGAGGCCGCUCCAAGCUGGACGGCAGGGUGGAAGUGUACCUGGGAGGAGUUUGGGGGUCUGUGUGUAGCAAAGACUGGGGGGACAAAGACGCUGCAGUGGUUUGCAGACAGCUGGGCAAGGGUAUAUCAGGUCGUGCUCGUGCAGUUCCCUUGUUUCGGCCAGGCAUGACCAAGCUCCAUCAAAUAGCACUCCACUGUCAAGGGGAGGAACCAGACCUGCUUCAAUGUCCUAAAACUAUCUCAAGUGGAGAGGAAUGUUUUCUGGCUGCAGCCAUCACUUGCACUCAAAAGCAAGUCCCUGUAGCAGUGACGCUUCCUAUACGUCUGGUGGGAGGUCAGUCAGAGUCGGAGGGCACGGUUGAGGUGUUCCACGCAGGACGGUGGGGUUCCAUAUGUGACGAUCAAUGGGAUGACAGUGAUGCAGAGGUGGUGUGUCGACAACUGGGGCUGAGCGGUGUUGCAAGAGCACGGGGCCAGGCACAUUUUGGCAAGAGUUCAGGCUGUGUGUGGUUAGAUGAGGUGCGGUGCACAGGCAACGAGCUUAGUUUGGAGCAGUGUCCAAAAAACCCAUGGGGAGAGCAUAACUGUCUUCACUCUGAGGAUGCAGGAGUGUCCUGCAGCCCUCUUACAGAUGGUACGACCAGGUUGGUUGGGGGUGCAGGAAAUCAUGAGGGACGUUUAGAAAUCUUCUACCAUGGUCAAUGGGGGACAGUGUGUGACGAUGGCUGGACAGACUCCAAUACACAAGUAGUGUGUCGACAGCUUGGUUACAGGGCGGGUGAGACGCUCCUCUCUGAAGGGCUAGAUAUCACUCCAGUCCCACGCUUCGGGGUGGGGUCAGGUCCUAUUCUUUUGGAUGAUGUGAGCUGCACAGGGAAAGAACCCAGCCUAUUGUUGUGCAACAGAAAGGAAUGGCUCCGUCAUGACUGCACACACCAUGAAGAUGUUAACAUCGUAUGCAACCCUGAGCGGGGUGGAAGCACACUUCCAGCUAGUUUUCCAGUAAGGCUUGUGGGAGGAGAAAGCUCCAGGGAAGGACGUGUUGAGCUCUAUCUGUCUGGUCAGUGGGGGACGGUCUGUGAUGAUGGAUGGACUGAUCAUGAUGCUGAGGUGGUGUGCCGGCAGUUGGGCUACAGCGGCGUUGCUAAGGCCCGUGUGAUGGCGUACUUCGGGGAAGGGACAGGCACCAUCCAUGUGGACAACGUGAAGUGCAGUGGGGAGGAACGCUCAUUAGCAGACUGUAUCAAACAGACCCCCGGCACACACAACUGUCGCCACAGCGAAGACGCCGGGGUCAUUUGCGACUACGGCAAAUUGCAGCACAGUAACAAAGAGGUGAAAGAUCCUGUCAGCUCAAUUUGUGGUCUGCGGCUCAUACACACUCGCCAACGUCGAAUCAUAGGAGGAGAAAACUCUUUGAGGGGCGGUUGGCCAUGGCAGGCUGCCAUUCGCUUGCGUGGAUCUAAAGGCGACGGGAGGUUGGUGUGUGGAGCAACACUUAUUGACACCUGCUGGGUCCUCACCUCAGCACACUGCUUCAAAAGGUAUGGAAACAGCACUAAGCAGUACAAAGUGAGAGUGGGAGACUACCACUCCCUCGUCCCAGAGGAGUACGAAGAAGAGUACGGUGUUGAUCAUAUUGUCCUCCAUCCAAGCUAUCACUCCCACAGUAACGACUACGACCUGGCUUUGGUCCGUCUGUCACCGGGGGCAGUGGGCCAGACGCCGGGGGAGUGUGUGUCAUUCAGCCGUCAUGUCCUUCCCGCCUGUCUGCCCAUGAGGAAAGAGAGAGUGCUCAAGCAAGCCAGCAACUGUCACAUUACGGGUUGGGGUGACACAGGACGUUCAUACUCAAAGACCCUGCAGCAAGCCCCCCUGUCUCUUCUCCCAAGGCGACAUUGUCAGCAGUAUUUCCAUGGUGCUUUCACAAGCCGUAUGCUCUGUGCUGGCAGCAUCCACCCAGAGAGGCGUGUGGACAGUUGCCGUGGUGACAGUGGAGGACCAUUGGUGUGUGAGCGUCCAGGAGGGGGUUGGGUAGUUUAUGGGGUUACAUCCUGGGGUCAUGCCUGUAGGACACAACAGUCCCCUGGUGUUUACACCAAAGUCUCUGCUUUUAGUUCCUGGAUACGCAAAGUCAUUGGACACGAUGAGAAAAAGAGAUGAAAGGUGACUGAGAAACCGAAAAAGAAAAGAUUCUCAGGACUUAAUUGGUUGGAUAGCAACCAAUGUAGCAAUAUAUUUCAGUGAUGUCAUAAAAUGAUUACCAGACUGAUAGUUUCAAACGGAGAAGUUAAAAGGACAAUGCUGGACUUCAGUCUCCUGGAACUUUUUUUUUUCUUUUUUGAGAGCAGAGGUCUUUGCUAUCAUCCAGGUCAUAAGCACUUAUCUUUCCCCUCUUAGGAGUGAACGUUUCAGUAUUAAAUAUUAAAUCAAAAACACUCAUGAAUAAGCCAUAACUUCAACAUUUGUUGUUUUCAUGUUGCAUACUACACAUAUUUUAAAUGUUUUUUUUAUUCUUGCUUUUGUUAUAAAGUUAUAUUUUAAUUUAUGAUUGCAAUUAUGUGGUUAUGUUGAAAAGGGACCAAACAUAUAUGAAAACAGACUGUCCAUGCAUGUACUCAUGCAUGCACAGCAAGCGAAAGCAUAACAUGAAUUUGCAAACUUGCACUACAAAAACUUCUUUGGUAUUUUUACUGCAUGAUAUUCAGUGCUAUUUUAGGCAAUGCAGUCAUAUUGACAUUUGAUGAAGUGAAAUAUGUCUUUAAACCUCAUUUAAUUUUGGUUUAUGUAAAAUUUCUCAGUUGUGUUCUUAGUUUUACUGUGUGUGUGAAGCAGAUUUCAGGUCUUAAUAUUCCUCAGGCUUUUUUUAUUUACAUAAUAUGCAACAUAUUUUAGUCUUUGUAUAUGUGUUGGGCGGUGUUUGCAGAAAAAGGAAAGUGAUUCUGAACUGAAGCACACAUAACAGCAUUUCCGAGCAUCGCUUCAUUGUAGUGAUACUUGGUUCUACGACAUUCAGUGUGGUCAUGUUUUUGAUACCGGAGGAAAGACACUUGAAGAGAUAGAUCCUACACUUCCUCCAUAUAUAUUGUUUACUUUUUGUAAUGUUGUAAUGAACUGUAACUCUUCCUCAUAAACUAACGAUUUA